UUUGUGAUCUGUGAUCUAUCACUUUGUCUGUGUCUCUGACAUUCCGUUUACCCUAUUACAUUUCCAUAAACAACCCGAGUUCAACAUUAUUUUCUUUAAAUAUUGUAUGAUUGUUAACUGCAUGGGAAUAACUGAGUUGAUCUUCUACACCCAAAUCUGUAUCAAGUCAUGUUAUCAGUGUCAAUCCACUUCAACUGUGACAGAUUAUUACAGUAGUAAAUAAUCGCACUUCAAUUUAACGUUGAUUAAAGAGUUCAUAAGAAUGUAAAUAAAAUGUAAUUACAUUUUUUUUAGCUAAAUCCCGCCUUCAUUCCAAAACGAGCCAAUUAAAAUCCAGAAAUAGAUUGCACGUAAAUAAACACGGCAAAGUGACCCCCCCUCGUCCCCCGGCUAUAAACACUUGCAAGGCUGCAGCUUUUGCAGAGCACAUAGCUAGCGUGUUAGCCGGGGUAGAGUGCUAACAUAGCUAGCUGUAUGACCUAGCAUAAAACAUCUGGUAAAUUUUUUUUAAAAAUCAUUAUUUGCCCCGAAAAGUCGUCGACAUGUCGGCUUUUUCAGAGGUGGCUUUGGAGAAGAAACUAUCGGAGCUUAGCAACUCUCAACAAAGUGUCCAGACACUGUCACUGUGGCUUAUACAUCAUAGAAAACACUCGAAGACCAUCGUUAACGUUUGGUUCAACGAACUGAAAAAAGCCAAGGUGUCCCGGAAGCUCACUUUCCUCUACCUUGCCAAUGACGUAAUCCAAAACAGUAAGAAAAAAGGACCCGAGUUCACCCAGGACUUUGCUCCUGUUAUCGUUGAUGCCUUCAAACACGUGUCCAGGGAAGGGGAGGAUGGCUGUAAGAAACAGCUGGGGCGUGUUCUGUCCAUCUGGCAGGAGAGGGCUGUAUAUGAGAACAACCUGCUGGAUCAACUGUCAGACGUGCUGUUGGGAGAGAAAAAGGCUAAGAAGAGGCCAUAUGAAGAGAUUAAAUUGGACGACCAGGACUUUGCCUCCCAGAGCUCCCCAGCAGGGCCCCCACAGACGGCAGAGUUGAUCCGAGCACUCCAGGAGCUGGAGAACGCGGCCUCUGGGGACUCAGCGCUACGCCAGCGCAUCUCAUCCCUGCCCGCCGAGGUGCAGGACACGUCACUCCUCCACAGGAUCACAGAUAAGGAGCAGGGCGAGCGGCUGUCCAGGCUAGUGGAGGAGGCCUGCAUGUUGCUGGCAGACUACAGUGGCCGUUUGGCCGCGGAGAUCGACGACCGGCGGCAGCUCACACGUACGCUUACCCAGUUUCUGCACAGCCAGAGGGACGGCCUGGCCCAGAACGAGCAGAAACUAGAAGAAUACAAGCGUAAGCUGGCACAGGUGACCCAGGUACGGAAGGAGCUGCGUUCUCGUCUCAGCAACCUCCCAGAACUCUCUCUGCUUCCCAGUGUAACUGGCGGACAUUUGCACCUGCCCUCGUCUGCCGUCGAGCUCUAUGACCCCACAGCCUGACAGAUCACCUGUGUUUCUCAUCCCUGACUGACCAACUGCCCUUGCCCAUCCACCCUGUGGCCACCUCGGAUUCACACAUCUCUCUAUCAUGUGGUCAUCACUUCAUCUCUUUUAUGUUUCAAUUUCCCUAAUUGCUCUUGAUCAUGCGUGCAUAUUGCAUCAUACUCGUGUUUGACAUAGGUUUUAUCCGAUCUUUCUCUGAGUAGUCAAGUUCAUCAUUGCUCCUCUACUGAUACUGUUUAUACCUCUUUUACCCACCAUUAUAUAAUCCUCCAUUCGCCACAGUAUACUGCGUCCCUGUUAUUCUCUUUACAAUAAGUCACUUGAUUGAUAUACGUAUAUUGUAUGUUUCGACAUCUAGUGCAAGUGCUUGACUUAUGUAGCAGACUGGAGUAGAGUAGGGGCUCCUGAAAUGCUCCUGUUCCUUCUACAGAAUAUUAGCUUAAAAGUAUGGUGGAGCUUCUGAACCCAAAGAUAAACAGUAGAACCAGCCAGAAUGAAAGUUGGCAUAGAUUUCAGUCCAAGUCAAGCACUGUCUAUUGCUAUUUAAUGAAAGGCAUGACCCAAGUUUCCAUGCAUAAUGCACUCCUUUUCUUUCCCUCUUUUGUCCUUCCUCUGAGUACAUACAGUACCAGUCAAAUAUUUUGAUACCCAUUCAAGUUCAAGUCCAGGCUUUUGGCUUGUACUGUGUAUUCUGAAUGCCCUUAGCUUACACUGAUGCUCUGCGGCACCUCUUCUGUUUCCUCUCCCUACCUAACCUCAACCUCUGAAAAUGGUCAUGAAGGUGUUGUGAUAUUUUUGUAUUUAUAGUGAAUUUAGAUAGCACCAGAAAUUGUAUAAUGCAGUGGUCCCAAUGAAUAUAUCCCCUCAAUGUGGUAUCAUUAUAAUCAGUUGCAGUAUUUUUUAUUAUGAAUGAUUAUCUUUGUGUUCUUUUAUAACUGCUAUAAGUUGUAUUCUCAUUGUGCUUACACAGCUCGCUAGGGUUUUAGUUCUGGCUCUCGGGUACUUCACCAAUAACAGGGAUGGUGUUCUAUUUUAAUGGCCUUAAAAUAAUUAAGCCUGUUCAGAGAAGUUCUCUUGUCCAGAUUUGAUUGUGAAAUCAUGUUGAAAUUAAAUGGACUAGUUGGUAAGUGAACUAAUGCAGAAAGACACAUAUUUUCAAUUUGUUUUACUUUGUUUUAAAAAAACAAGAAAACAGAAACCUGAAUUGUUGAAUAUAAACAUUCUUAGUGAAAACCACAUUGUUUGAUGGGGUCCUCUUGCAGUCUUUUACUGUCAACCUGGGCUUGACAAGUCAAGGUAGUCAUUCCAAGAAAUCCAUGGGUCUCAUUGCAGAUGCAGCUUAAUAGAAGUGUAAUGUCUCCAUAAUAGUUGAAGCCUUUCCCAUAUUGAAACAAGUGAUUGGAGACAUAAGUGUUGUGUGCUUGUUUACUGUAUUACUUACUGCUCCCUGGUUUUAACCUCUACUGAAUGAUGUGCAGUCACCUAUGACAACUAUGCUCUUCAAAGAUGUUGAAGGGUUCCACUGUUUGCAAAACCUAACUUAUUUCACUGAUUUAGAGGUGUUCGUUGAAACACAUUGUUGUAAUGCGUUCAGUUCUCAGAACCAAAUAAACAGCAAAACAGGAGAAUUAAUCAAGA